GCUUUCUUACUUUUUGCCACCUUCAUUCAUUCACAAAUGCCAGUUUGUCAAUAUCACUUGCGUGGGACUUGCAGGUUUGGCAACGCUUGCCGCAAUGAACACACAGGGGCUGCAGGGGCUGGCGGCGGCGGGGCUGGUGGUGGAGGCUUUGGAGGUGGUUUUAGAAGUGGGGGCGGAGGAGGCUUUGGAGGGGCAGCCAAUAACUCCAACGCGUCAGGGAGUCCAUUCGGUGGUCGGAACACCCAACAACAGCAGCAACCACAACAGGCGGCCGUGGACACCGUAGCCACUUUGAUCAAUGACCUGACAGGACCGGAUGCAAAAUCGAGGUGGCCCUUGUCUUCGUAUGGAAGCGACGGCAUUUCGCUUCUGAAGGGCUUGGACCUUUCGUUCGAGGAGUAUAGAUGGGAAGUUUACAGUGAUCUUCGACAAACCGGAACGAUGAACAAUGCGCUUGCCAAAAUCGGAUCGUUAUAUUCGAGCGUACAGCAAUCAACGAACGCAAUAGUAGCAAACCCGAGUGCCGCUUUAGCAAACGCUCAGCAAGAGUCAGGAGCAGCCGGUCUUGCAUCGGCGUUGAGCAACCCCACCGCGCUUGGAUCGGCGACAUCCAGUGCGUUCGGCUCGGCAACACCAUCGCGGUUCGGUUCCGCACCACCGUCGGCAUUCGGUCCAACACAAUCGGCAUUUGGAUCGACACCAUCGGCGUUCGGGUCAACGCCAUCAUCAGCAUUCGGUGCCGGUGCAAAAACGUCGGCGUUUGGCAGCGUUGGAGGCGCAUCAAGCGCGAUUGGCAACACUGCCCCGACUUUUGGUAGUCUUGGGUUCGGAAGCGUCGGCGCUGGGUCCAGCGCCUUCCAGUUAGCAAACAGUGCCUUCGGGGCACCCGCCGCAUCAGCUUUCGGGAAUUCUGCGGCAUCUGCUUUCGGGGCACCUGCAGCGACAGCUUUCGGAGCAAAACCUGCGGCCGGAACCCCCGCGCAAUCAGCAUUUGGCGCCCCAUCGCCGGCGUCCGUUUUUGGUUCGUCUGGCAGUGCUUUCGGUCAAAGUGGGUUUGGCAAGAGUCCAUCUGCGUUUGGACAAACAGGAUUUGGUACUCCUGCGGCGGCAGCUUUUGGAAGUGGUGGCGGCUCGUCUUUCGGCGCUGCCACACCUGCAACUACAGCUGCACCGAGCGCAUUCUCUGCCUUUGGACAGCCACAGCCGAGCACGGAUAUCCCCACAGCGCCACCAUCACAAUCAGCAACCGCCUUCCCAUCAUCAACACAAGCACCGGGCGCGUCAACAACGCAGGCUGCGGGCGGUUUCGGACCACCACCAGCGCAACAAGUGACUGGGACGGAUGUAGCAGGAGCUGCUGCAGGCACCUUGGACCCAGACCUGCAAGCUGCAUUCAUGAGCCCUGCAUUCGAAUUCGGCAAGAUACCCGGCAUUGUACCUCCACCACAGUUUCGCUGACCUCUUCGGCCACUCACCGUCCCGCAAUUCUGUCCGGGAGUAACCAGUGCCCAAAGCAAGAGCUUGUGAGAUUUGGUGCACCAGUCAUGUCAAUUAGCGCAUAUGAUGCUCACUUCUUGAAGAACACCAAGGUAGACAUCACCUCACAUAUACCCGAACCUCGU